AUGUCUACAGGCAGUGCCACCCUCGAGUGCCUCCCCAACGGCGAGAUCCCUUUGAAGAGUGCCUUCGGCGACCUGAUCCCCCACGGCAUCCCCCUUAUCAUCGUACCGGGCAACGACACCGAGGCUCGCUAUAUGACCGAGUGCUGCGAGCCAAACGAGGUCAAUCUCGUCAUCGACUGCUACAUGUGGUGCAAGAUCCCCGACCGCUACAUCAAGGACGGCGAAAGCCCCGCGUUCAACACCGAUAUGCAGCAGUGCAUCCUUGACAAUGGUUACCCUGUAAACGAUACCUCGAACCUGCAGACUCGGUCUGCAAAAGACGAAGAGUGA